AUGGGCUCAACGUCCGAUUCUUUCUCGAAUGACUCGGUCCCGCAACAACACGAACAAGAUACCACGAUUGACCCGGAAUCUAAACAGAAUGGUGUCAUGACUAGCGUGAAAUCCCAACUCGAUCCCUUAACAGGGACGAACUCUGUCGAAGAAUUCAAAGAUCAAGCCGUGGCUGUUGCUGGUGAAACGGCUGCGGCCUUGAAGGAAGUCGUUAUGAAUACUGCAGUUCCUGUGGCUGGGGAGGCUUUGCAGAAUAUAGGCACUCGGAUCCGGGAUCUUGCGGGUGGUGUUGGUGAGGCAGUAGAGGAGACUCUUGAAGAUCCUGAUAGGGAGGCGCAUGCUGAACGCAUUGAUCAGAUGGAUACAGAACGGAUUUGUGAUUUUUUACGAGAGAAGCAUCAAAGUACUUCUCAACCUCCACGGACGAAUUGA